UGUUGUGUGGGUACUGGUACAAAUAUAUAUGUGUGUGUGUGAUCCGUGUUGUGUAGCAAGUGUCCGGGGGAGGUGGCGGUGGACAUUAUAAGGCAUUAAUCAUGAAGAUUAUUUACUAAGUGUUCAGUAGUGGUCAGUGGAUGUUGAGAGUGGUUGGUGUGAAGCAUGAAGAGAGUGGUACUCUUCAGGAACGGCUCCGGUGUCGACGGUAAGGUGGUGCUGGUGACGCACUCCUUGGAUGAUCUGCUUGCAGCUGCCUCACAGAAGCUGACCGUCAGAGCUACACAACUAUACACACCCCAGGGAGGACUCAUUGAUGACAUCAGGCUUAUUAGAGACGAUGACAUCUUGUACGUAUCAGAGGGCGAAGACUUUCAACUGCCAGUACAGCCAAGCCCAGGUGUACGGCCACCUGGUUAUGUUGGCUCCAGGAUGAAUCCAGUGUGUGUGGCUGGCCCCGCCUCUACCUGCAGUGGAGCAUCUGCCACAAAUGAUUGGGUCACGCUUAACGUAGGAGGCCAGAUCUUUACCACAACCCGUGCCACUCUAGUCACUAAAGAACCAAACUCCAUGUUGGCUAAAAUGUUUAGCUGUGAGGAUAGCAGUUUGUUGCCCAGCAAUCGUGAUGCCCAUGGUGCAUACCUCAUAGAUCGUUCCUAUACAUACUUUGAGCCUCUGCUGAACUUCUUGAGAAAUGGAACUCUAAUUCUUGACCCCAGUAUUAAUCCAGAAGGAGUGCUGGAAGAAGCUCGCUUUUUUGGCAUGGAGUCUGCAGUGCCGGUGUUAGAAGCACUAAUUACCUCUCGAGAAGAGACGCAGGACCUUGAGCCUCUCACAAGGCAGCAUGUUGUCGAAGCUCUCAUCACGACACACCAUCGGGAUGAGCUUAGAUUUCAAGGAGUCAAUCUACGAGGAGCUGACCUUUCCAAACUAGACCUUCGAAACAUUAACUUCAAGUUUGCCGAUCUGUCACGAUGCAACUUGGCAGGAGCUAAUAUGAAUGGAUGCUGUCUGGAGCGUGCCAAUCUCUGUGGAGCCAACCUAGAAGGGGCACAGUUGCUGAAUGUGCGGCUUCUCUGUGCAAAUCUUGAAUCGGCAAAUUUACGAGCGUGUAACUUUGAAGACCCGGCAGGAACACGAUCCAAUUGUGAAGGCAAGUUUAAGUGAAAAAGAUACUUACCU